AUGCCCGUCAUCAACGGCGUCACCACACUUCUCCCAGCGCCAGAUGGCUAUGUAGUCGAUUUACACAGCCCGCAACGACAGGCUGUACCUGAGGCGUAUUGGGCCGCUGGUAUUGGAACCUUCUUAAGCCUGUUGCUAAUGGCCCAGAGAGUUUACACGAAAGCGGUUCUCCAAGGCCAGCUCGGGUUAGAGGAUUACAUGUUUGCUGAAGGAGUUGGAGGGGUUCACGCGUGGGAACUUUCCAUUGAAAGAUAUCAGACUUUCAUGACUCUCGUCUACACAGCGGCGCCGAUAUACCUCCUCUCCGGGAGCUCGGCGAAAAUCUCACUACUCGUUUUCUACAAACGGAUUUUCCCCCCAAGGUGGCUCCAAUGGUCGGUCUGGACACUUUGCGGUGUCAUCGUUGCGUAUACCGCCGGGAUAUUCUUCCCGUUGAUUUUCGCCUGCCGACCGAUUGCGAAAAGCUGGGAUCCCCGGAUCACGAACGGAGCAUGCAUCAACGGGGCAACAUUGUACAUAGCGACAGCUGUUGCUAACAUCAUAUCCGAUGUCUUCGUGCUUGUGCUGCCAAUUCAGCCGUUGAUCAAGUUACAACUGAAGCGGCGUCGACAGAAGAUAGGCCUUGUAGCCUUAUUUGCCGUGGGUUCCUUGACUGUGGUCACCUCGGUCGUCCGUUUCUUUCUCUUACUGGAUAUGCUCAGAAGUUUGGAUCAAUCCUGGGCCAUCUCGUGGGCCAGCGUCUGGAUCAUUAUUGAAGCCAACCUCCUCAUUAUCUGUGCAGCCUUUCCGACUCUCAAGAAGUUCAUUCGCCAUGUCGCGCCAAAAUUCUUGGGCGAAAGCACCUACGGACGAGAGACGAAUCAGGCGGUAGGCGGCGGCGUCGAGAAUGGGUUAUCGAUGGACAAUUUGCCGCCCGGCACGUCAGUGGAAAUCGCUGGAUCCUGUGAUUUCCGCGAUGAUUCGUCUGAAAGGGCCUUCAUGUCCCCCAGUGCGAUUCAUCGGACGAGAACUAUUAUUGUGACGCAUCAUCAGCGGCCAAUUAGUUAA